AUGUCCAACAAGGUCCAUGAAAGGAGGAUUGAGAUGGACGAGGAAGGGUCUAAAAAGGCGACUAAAAAGAUUCAAGAACUCCCGAAGAAGAUUAAGAAGAUUCUAAAGAAUAUAUGGAAAGUUGGAAAAGAAGAUCCAAGAAGAGUGAAACAUGCUUUAAAAGUUGGAGUUUCUUUAACACUUGUGUCCUUGUUGUAUCUCCUGGAACCUCUCUUCAAAGGCAUCGGAAAUAGUGCAAUUUGGGCAGUCAUGACCGUUGUGGUCGUUCUUGAGUUCUCUGCCGGAGCGGCGAUUACAUAUUUGAGAUUUAUCCCAUACAUAAAAAAGAACUACGAUUACGGCAUGCUUAUAUUUCUCUUGACGUUCAAUCUAAUAACAGUGUCAAGUUAUAGAGUUGACACUGUGAUUAAGAUUGCACAUGAGAGAUUCUAUACUAUAGCCAUUGGUGUUGGUAUUUGCCUCUUCAUGAGCCUUUUGGUUUUUCCUAUAUGGUCCGGUGAGGACCUCCAUAAGACUACCGUGGCUAAGCUUCAAGGUCUCUCUCUUUCCAUUGAAGCAUGUGUGAAUGAGUACUUUGAGGAGGAUGAGAAAGACAAAGAAACAUCAGAAUCAUCAGAAGACAUGAUCUAUAAUGGGUAUAAGACGGUUUUGGAUUCUAAAUCUACCGAUGAAGCACUCGCAAUGUAUGCAAGUUGGGAGCCAAGACACACAAGACAUUGCCAUAGAUUCCCUUGGCAACAUUAUGUUAAAGUUGGAGCUGUUCUUCGUCAGUUUGGUUACACUGUUGUCGCUCUUCAUGGCUGCUUGAAAACGGAAAUUCAGGUUUUGUCGGAACUCGCCGCAAGCAUUCGAAACCGACGUCACUGUUCGCCGGAGAUUCUCUCCGACAGUCUCCAGGUGGCAUUACGUGAUCUCAACUCCGCCAUCAAAUCACAACCUAAACUCUUCCUUGGCUCUAACGGAAACGGCAAUAGCGGUAGACACAAUCCCAACACAAACGACAUCGUUUCGCAUCAUAACGAAACCGGAUCACGUCUGGGACCCCACGGUGCCAUUUCACGUCAAAACGCUGGAACGCCAAGCGGAACGCGUUUUGGACCAAACGCUGGCGUUUCGUUAUCUAGAUUGCGAGCUGAUACGUUAGAACGUAGACCAACGGCGGCGACUGGAGAACGACGGGUUUUGAGGCAACAGCUGAGCAAGAUUGUGGUGAUGACGAGUCUUGAAUUCUCGGAGGCGUUACCGUUUGCUGCGUUUGCGUCGCUUCUUGUUGAAAUGGUGGCGAGGCUUGACAAUGUUAUCGAGGAAGUGGAGGAGCUGGGAACGGUUGCAUGCUUCAAGGAGUACGAUAGCAAUGUUGACCAGACGGAUGUAGAGGUUCGUGUCGAGAAGCCGUCGGAUCUAGUGGUUGGUGUGGAGUGA